CUAGCGCGCAGCGGUGACGUGUUCUUCCAGCGCCACGUCGUGAGUCGUCCAGGAGCCGUGGAAAACGCUUCCCACGGCGUCUUAGGUGCGGAGUGGACAGAGGGACCCACCGGAGCGGAAGCUUGGCGAGGAGGCGGCGGGGGACAGUAAGGUCCGCCCCGAGGACUGACUCCGCGACCACCAGGGUAACAGGGUUAUCUGGUUGGUGUUUUGUUCUGGGGUGAUUUCUGACAUAGCAAGAAUUAUGUCAUGGAUCAAAGAAGGAGAGCUGUCACUUUGGGAACGGUUCUGUGCCAAUAUCAUAAAGGCUGGCCCAGUGCCCAAACAUAUUGCUUUCAUAAUGGAUGGAAACCGUCGUUAUGCCAAGAAGUGCCAGGUGGAGCGGCAGGAGGGCCACUCACAGGGCUUCAACAAGCUUGCUGAGACGUUACGCUGGUGUUUGAACCUGGGCAUCCUAGAAGUGACUGUGUAUGCGUUCAGCAUUGAGAACUUCAAACGUUCCAAGAGUGAGGUUGACGGGCUGCUGGACCUAGCCCGACAGAAGUUCAGCUGCUUGAUGGAAGAACAGGAGAAGCUACAGAAGCAUGGGGUAUGUAUCCGUGUCUUAGGUGAUCUGCAUUUGUUGCCUUUGGACCUCCAGGAGAAGAUUGCACAUGCUGUCCAGGCUACUAAGAACUACAACAAGUGUUUCCUCAAUGUCUGCUUUGCAUACACAUCCCGUCAUGAGAUCACCAACGCCGUGAGAGAGAUGGCCUGGGGAGUAGAGCAAGGUCUGCUGGAACCCAGUGAUGUCUCCGAGUCCCUGCUUGAUAAGUGCCUGUAUAGCAACCACUCUCCUCAUCCCGACAUCUUGAUUCGGACCUCUGGAGAAGUUCGUUUGAGCGACUUCUUGCUCUGGCAGACCUCGCAUUCCUGCCUGGUGUUCCAGCCUGUUCUGUGGCCAGAGUACACAUUCUGGAACCUCUGUGAGGCCAUCCUGCAGUUUCAGAUGAACCAUGGUGCACUUCAGCAGAAGGCCCGGGACAUGUAUGCUGAGGAGCGGAAGAGACACCAGCUGGAGAGGGACCAGGCUGCAGUGACAGAGCAGCUGCUUCGAGAGGGGCUCCAGGCCAAUGCGGAUGCCCAACUCCGCCGGACACGCUUGCACAAACUCUCCGCCAAACGGGAAGAGCGAGUCCAAGGCUUCCUGCAGGCCUUGGAACUUAAACGGGCUGACUGGCUGGCACUUUUGGGCACUGCACCUGCCUAAGUGAGGCUGGCUACUGGCCACUUUGCCCUGCCCUCUGCCUUGUGGGCCCCAACUUCCUUUUCUUUUCUUGGUGAAAGGCACCUCCCUGGUUUUGAUGACUUGUGCUCCCCUUGCUUUGCAGGCAGUCCCAAAGCCAAGGCCUACUGCCUAUAGAUGGCCCCCUCUGGGAUUUGAGGGACAGUCUCCCAUGCUUCCAAGUCCAAGACCAGUCACCAGUAAUCUGGAGACCAGGGGACUCUAACUUACCAGCUGUGUUUCCUGCCCUAGCCUAUCCUUCAACAUGCAGAAGAGGCCUUCCCAAAACCUAGGGCUUUGCCCUGAGCCCCCACCAUGUUAACUUCACAAAAGAUUUGAGUCUACUGUAAAUAACUGAUAGGCAGCCAGCUUUGCAGAGUGGGAAGGGCAGGAAGAAAAUUUGCCCAUCUGCUGCUCCUCCCCUUGGCUCUCCACCUGGGAUUUGCUAUUGAAUCUCCACCCCCUCCCACCAGUACCCACUGCUCACUGAAAGGCUCAGCGCCCCCAAUGGCUCAUGGAAGCCAGGCGGGUGAUUACAAUCCAAUUACCUAUUGUUGACUCAGCCCACACAAGCUUUACUCCCCCUUGCAGGGCAUGGGGCCAGACUCCACUCCCCAAUGAGACCCAACCCCCUCCAUAGCUACAGGGUAGCAGAAGGGCCUGUAGAGGCCCUAAUCCAAUACAGGCCAACUUGUAACACAUCAGGACUGAACAGAACGAAGCACUUCCUGAUUGACUGUCUCCUUCCAUCACCAGCGCAAACUGAUUCCCACUCCCAAUCUUCAAGGCUCCUCACAGCUCUUUGACCUGACUCCCUAAGUAGAUCCGGAGACAAUUUACUCUCAUCAUGGCAGAACUUACUCCAGGCUCUCAGCCUGUGAGGGUCAACACUACCUUACAGGAAGAGACAAGAUCCUAUCCGUUCCUUGCCUCUCCAUAGGGCUGAGAAGAGAUUACUACCUUUGAAGAGAGGUCUCCAGAGCUAUUGUUUCAGGUGCCCCCAGAACAGUAAAUACUAGCCAGGAACACCGAUCAAAUGCCACUCUGGCUUUCUCAUUCUGUCUUGUGAACCCCUUACCCAGCACCUCCCUCCCAGAAAGAGGUGGGCUAUUAUAAGCCAUGCUAAAUGUGCUCCUUCCUAACUUUCUAUGCCUUGCCCCGACACCUCGUUUGUGCCUAGAUAUCUGUCACUGGUGACCUUUUGGCCAUCAUUCCAUCUCAGAAUCAAGGAUAAAAUCCUGACACUGCAACCAGAAGCCAAUCAAUGCACCCUUUGGCAAGGCCCCCUAUACACCUGGCACUUCCCGAAAUCAAUCCCUGGCACAGAGUUCCCCAAGAGCAGGUGCUGUACAUUUUCCAGCUUUACAAUGAGGCUGUUGACAGCUUUAAUUAGGGAGGCAUGAAUUAUGUGGCUAUAAUGCAGAGCCCUACAAUUAAGACGGGAAUGAGAGGCUGGAGGCAGCAAACGGAAUCUGCCCAGCAAGCAUGGCUGUUGAGUCCUGGCUGACUUUCUCUUACGAUUGGAGUACAGUACAGGUGAUUAAUGGAGAAGGUAUCUUCCAGCCUGGAGACCUGUAUUCUGGGAAAGGUGCAGGGGAGGGGGAGGUCUCGGGAGGCAGUGGGAGUGGAAGGAAGAGGCAGAACCAUUGCUGCCCAGAAGCAAAGGCUGAAAAUGCUUGAUUUGGAUGUUUGCUUUCUGCUAGUAUGGCUGGUGCAAACUAGCUUCAACCCUUGCCUCAAAAAAUAAGGUGGGACCUGUUUAUGUGUCUUCCACUUGAGCGCCAAACACCCUGUUGCAGAUGUUUAGCGGAUUGUGUUCUGGGUAUCAAAUAGAAUUAAAAAAAAAAACUUAGAUGUAA